AUGGCAACCCAAUUCGGCCAAGAAACCCAAACCGAGGCGGCCCAGCGCAUGUACAACGCCCGAGCCCCCAACUACGACGCCUCAUGGCACGGCGCCUACUCGCGCCGCUUCAUAGCCCACGCCCCGCUCCGGCCCAACGACCGCGUGCUGGACCUCUGCUGCGGCACAGGCGGCGAGGCCUUCCUGGCCGCCGAGCUUGUGGGCGAGCAGGGCCGCGUCGUGGCCGUCGACGUCACGGAGGGCAUGCUGGCCCGGCUGCGCGAGAGACAGGCGCGCGAGCCCGUGCUGGGCCGCCGGAUCACGGUGGUGCAGCACGACGUGACGGAUCUGAGCAGGGCUGUGCUGCUGCUGGAGGAUGGCGGCGGUCUGUUCGAUGCCGUGCUGUGCUCUACCGCGUUUGUGCUGCUGGGCGAGCCGGGCCGCGUGGUGGCGCACUGGAAGGAGUUCCUGCGGCCUGGCGGGGUGAUGGUGAUUGAUGUCACGCACGAGCGGAACCUGCGGGCCGGGCUGGUCUUGGAGGAGGUUGCGCGGGAGAUGGGGGUCGAGAGGUUUCCUUCGCGUCGGGGUUGGAUCAAGUCGGAGGCGUCCUUCAGGGAGGUCCUGGAGGCGCAGGGGCUGCGGGUCGAGAGGGUGAGCCUGGUGGAGAACAUCUCGGGAAAGGGUACGCAGUAUCACGGCGUCGAGGAGGCCGACAGGAUCUUCGAGCAGACUGUCAACAGCAGUCUGACUGAGAAUGUUGCGUCGGAUGACUUCAAGGCCAAGGCGAGGCCGCUGUUCCGAAGGGAGUGGGAGAGGAUCGCGGUCGAUGGCAAGGUCGAGGAUGUGGACUCGUUGUAUGUCUAUGUUGCUAGGAAGCCCGAGUAG